AUGCAGACAAAAGGGGGUCCACGGUGGACGAGGAGGGCCCUGCUCCUUGGCAUCCUCUGGGCUACUGCACACCUGCCUCUCCCAGGCGCUUCCCUGCCCCAGCGUGUCCCAAGGGCCACAGGAAAUAGCACCCAGUGUGUUAUUUCUCCAUCAUCGGAGUUUCCGGAAGGGUUCUUCACAAAACAGGAGCGUGCAGAUGGAGGCAUCGUAAUCUACUUCCUAAUUAUCCUUUACAUGUUCAUGGCCGUGUCUAUUGUCUGUGACGAGUACUUCCUACCCUCCUUGGAAAUCAUCAGUGAAUCCCUUGGAUUGUCUCAGGACGUUGCAGGCGCGACUUUCAUGGCAGCCGGUAGUUCAGCUCCUGAAUUAGUGACUGCUUUCCUAGGUGUAUUUAUCACAAAGGGAGAUAUUGGCAUUAGCACCAUUCUUGGAUCUGCAAUUUAUAAUCUCCUUGGAAUCAGUGCUGCCUGUGGCUUGCUAUCUAACGUGGUGUCACCGCUGUCAUGUUGGCCCCUCCUCAGAGACUGCGUGGCGUAUGCGGUCAGUGCGGCGGCCGUUCUUGGUACACUACUUGACAACCAAGUGCACUGGUAUGAAGGAACUUUACUACUUUUGAUAUACGGAUUAUAUGUUUUGGUGCUGUGCUUUGACAUUAAAAUUAACCACUACAUUAUAAAGAAAUGCAGUCCUUGCUGCACCCGUCUUGCCAAAGCAAUGGAGAGAAGCGAACAAUCACUGACGGGCUGGGAAGAUGAGGGUCAACCCUUCAUCCGGCGGCAGUCAAGAAAUGAUAGUGGAAUAUUUCAUGAAGAUUCUGGUUACUCCCAGCUUUCUAUGAGUUUGCAUGGUCUUAAUCAGGUUUCUGAAGAUCCGCCAAGCAUUUUCAACAUGCCUGAAGCAGAUUUAAAACGAGUUUUUUGGGUACUCUCCCUUCCUAUUAUUACAUUACUUUUUCUAACCACACCAGAUUGUAGAAGGAAGUUUUGGAAAAAUUAUUUUGUGAUAACCUUUUUCAUGUCAGCACUAUGGAUAUCUGCAUUUACAUAUAUCCUGGUUUGGAUGGUCACGAUAACUGGGGAAACACUGGAAAUUCCAGAUACAAUAAUGGGCCUUACUUUAUUAGCAGCAGGAACGAGCAUACCAGACACAAUUGCAAGUGUGUUGGUCACAAGAAAAGGCAAAGGAGAUAUGGCUAUGUCUAACAUCGUGGGGUCGAACGUGUUUGACAUGCUGUGCCUAGGUGUUCCAUGGUUGAUUAAAACUGCCUUUAUAAAUACAUCAGCUCCUGUAGAAGUGAACAGCAGAGGACUAAUUUACAUAACCAUCUCUCUCAACGUUUCAAUUAUUUUUCUUUUUUUAUCAGUUCACUUCAAUGGCUGGAAACUAGACAAAAAGUUGGGCCUAGCCUGCCUAUUAUUAUACUUGGGGCUUGCUACGUUAUCAGUUCUAUAUGAACUUGGAAUUGUUGGAGAUAAUAAAAUAAGUGGCUGUGGAGGUUAAUGUUAAUAGUGAUAGGUAGAAGUGUGAAUGACAGAAAGGGGCAGAGAAGGAGUACUCCAUUUCUUCAUUUAAGUCAAAUAAAAAAAUCCUGAACUUUAGACUCUAAAACUUACUCAGAGUAAUUCUUUACCAUCAAAUAAAACUAAUUUAAAAAUCAACCAAAAUCACAUCUUAAUUUGUCUUGAGUCCUUUCUUAUCAAGAACAAUUACACAGAGAUAACAGAAGUUUAAAAAAAAAUCUAUGCUUUACCUAACAAUAAAUAAGUUGAUAAAAGCUAGAGAAACCUGAACAAACAAAUCCCACUAUGUAGUACUGAAAAUAACAAGAAAAUGGCUUAUUUUAUUAAAAAACAGUA